UCGAGAUUUCAUUUCUGGAAUCUCAUCCGAACGAUUUGGAGAGCAGAAGGGAGUAUGGUGGCUUUGGCACCUGGCUCAAGGUGAAAAUAAAAACCAGGCAUGGGGACGCAGUGAGUGCACGUGAACUGUGAGGAAGGACGGAUUUCAGAGCUUGCCAGGCAUUUUCCCCUCACUUCCCCACUUUAAGAAAAUGAGGCAGAUGGAAGUGCUAACCAAGACUUUCCAAGGCCCAGCUGUUGUCUGUAGGACUCCGAACAGCCACGUCUACAUGUUUAAGAAUAGCAGUGGGGACUCAGGGGACUCCUCUGAGGAAGAGUCACACCGUGUGCUUCUGCGGCCCCGGGGCAAAAAGCGCCAGAAGAACAGUGCCCACCACCCUCCCCAGCCAGGAGCAGGCGACGUGGUGCUGCUGCAGCGAGAGCUGGCCCAGGGGGACAACCUCAACAAGCUGGCUCUUCAGUAUGGCUGCAAAGUCGCAGAUAUCAAGAAAGUCAACAACUUCAUCAGAGAACAAGACUUAUAUGCUUUGAAAUCUAUUAAGAUUCCAGUGAAAAACCAUGGGAUCCUAACAGAGACCCACGAAGAACUAAAACCCCUCCCAAGCCCAUCCUCAGAGACCAGAGUGACCUUCGUGGAACUGCCAGACCCAGACAGAGCAGCAGCAGGCACCGAUGCCCAGGCCAGCCAGCUGACAGAUUUCUUUAAGGGGAUUGACCAGAACAUUGAGCGUGCAGUGCAGUCAGAAAUCUUUCUAAGUGAAAGUUACUGUGUAGAGACCUAUGACCAGCCGCUGCUCCCAGCUCCCCCGAAGACACCCACCAAUGGUGCAGACUGUGGAAUUCAGUGGUGGAAUGCUGUUUUUGUCAUGCUUCUCAUUGGGAUUGUUUUGCCAGUGUUUUAUUUGGUCUAUUUUAAAAUACAGGCUACUGGUGAGACCCCUAAUAGCUUGAACACAACUGCAGUCCCCAAUGGCUCGAUGGCAGUGGGUGCAGUUCCAUGGCAAGCCCCCAAAUUAGCAAUUCCAGUGCCAACCAUCACCUCUUCCAACAGCCAGUUCAGUCAGACCACCCAGGCAGGGAACUAAGCUGUUGUUUUUAAAGAAUCAGCCCAGCUUCAGCAGUUGAAUCUUGAUGGGCAUUCGCUGUUAUAGGACAUAUCCUA